AUGGAAGUGGUUGAACAAUUUCUCUCUCUCCGUCGGGAUGGUCAUGGAGAAGAAGCCUACGAAAUGCUUGCACCUGGAGCGGCUCUGGGGUGUCCUUGGGGUGGGAUGCAUCACGGUGAGAAUGUGCUAGAAUUAUUAAGGGACGAGGCUAGGUUUGUGAAAAAGGGUUAUUUAGAUCCAGUUCCAAUUGAGAAAAUAGAUGAAAAUACCUUUCAGCGAAAGUUUAAGUGGGAUCGUGGAAUGUUUGAGCAUGGAAACAGUGGAUUCAAAGGUCUGGGAAUUCUUCCUACAUGGCGUGAAAUUUAUUUUGUUGAUAAUGGGAAGAUUCGUCUGGUAACUUCGGACAAGCAACUCAAGAACCGAUCAUUAUGGCACACUUUUGGACUAUCGAAAUUCUUUUGA